AUGAGUGUGGAGACCGACAAAUCCAGAACGGCUCUCGUACUAUAUGGCUCUGAGACGGGGAACGCACAAGAGGUAGCUGAAGAACUCGGUCGUACCGCAGAACGUCUGCACUUUGUGACACAUGUUGGAGAAUGCGAUAGUGUCAAAGCCGAAUCAUUAUCUUCGUACUCACUAGUCAUCUUCGUGAUCUCAACUACUGGCCAGGGCGACUUCCCGCUGAAUGGACGUGCUUUUUGGAAAUCGCUGCUGCGGAAAAGAUUGCCUGCAACGUUCCUCAACGGGGUUAACUAUGUUCAAUUUGGGCUUGGGGACAGCUCAUAUCCAAAAUUCAACUGGGCGUCGCGCAAGCUUCGCAAGCGGCUGUCUCAGCUAGGUGCAAAUGAAAUAUAUCUGUGUGGAGAGGCUGAUCAGCAACAUCCGGAAGGACUUGAGGGUACGUUUCUUCCAUGGGCAACCGAGUUACGCAAUCAUCUACUCGUGGAAUAUCCCCUUCCGGCUGGAUUACAGCCUAUUCCGGACGAUGUUCAACUUCCACCCAAAUGGAUCCUAGAAGAAUCAGACGGGGCCCCCGUCGAAGAUACGACCGAGGUUGUGCCACCGUUAAAUGCAUCUUUAUCUGAGAGUAGCGAGCCACAUCUAUCUCGCUUUGAACUAGACUCCAGACCUAUCCCAGACACACUAACAGCUACUUUAACUCAAAACAAACGCGUCACUCCCGGCAAUCACUGGCAAGACGUACGACACAUAUGUCUGACUGUUCCAGACAUGAUAUCUUACUCACCUGGCGAUAUGAUAUCAAUUACACCGAAGAAUUUCUCUGUAGAUGUCGAUAUGCUCCUUGAAAUGAUGAAGUGGAGCGAUGUUGCGGACAGGCCUGUUUCAUUUGUUCCUGGUUUGGGUCUGCGAAAGAUACCACUGGAUGAACUGCCUCCUCCUCCCAUUCCAUACCUUACCGCUGGGGAAACAAUUUUGUCGCCGCUGACACUUCGUCUUCUCUUGACUGAAUACCUAGAUAUUCGAGCUAUUCCGCGACGUUCCUUCUUUGCCAAUAUUGCACACUAUUCCACUGAUGAAAUGCAAAAAGAGCGUCUUCUAGAAUUUACGAACCCAGAAUUUAUUGAUGAGCUGUGGGACUACACGACACGACCACGGAGGAGUAUUUUAGAGGUCUUGCAAGAAUUCGAUUCUGUUAAAGUACCUUGGCAACAUGCCGCAGCUGUUUUACCUGUUCUUCGAGGCCGACAGUUUAGCAUUGCUAGUGGAGGAGAUCUCAAACGAUUGCCGAGCGGAAAAGAUGGAACCAAGUUUGAGCUUCUAGUUGCAAUCGUUAAGUAUCGCACUGUCAUCAAAAAGAUUAGGCAGGGUGUUUGUACCCGCUAUCUAUCAGUUCUAAAGCCGGGGAGCACGCUCAAAAUUCAUCUGCAACGUGGUGGUCUGAACCCGACAUUGGAACAGCUUACGGGCCCUUCGGUGCUAAUUGGACCAGGAACUGGUCUAGCACCACUUAGAGCAAUGAUAUGGGAAAAAGCUGCCCUUGUCAAAGCAUCUCUGGGAAAGGAAAAUAAUUCUUCACCUCUUACUGUGGGAACUACGGUACUCGUUUUUGGCGGGCGUAACCGCACUGCCGAUUUCUUUUUUGAAGACGAAUGGGAACAUUUCGAAGAAGAAGGGUUAGUGCACCUACAAGUGCUGACAGCCUUCUCUCGUGACCAGGAGGAGAAGAUAUAUGUUCAAGAUCGAAUACGUCAAAACACCGACCUAUUCUUUAAGUUACUACACCAAGAACACGGUUCUGUUUUUAUUUGUGGCUCAUCAGGACGAAUGCCAGAGACGGUCAGGGAAGCUCUGGUUGAUUGCUUUGAGAAGGUUAAACCAUCCAAUACAGAAGGCUAUAAUCGUGAACAGGCGGAACAAUAUCUCACAACUAUGGAGAAAAUAGGAAGGUACAAACAGGAGACAUGGUGA